AUGGCGGAAGCCAAACUAAGUGAAAAACUCUCGAGUGAGGGGUAAGGAAAACAGCACAUCUGAAAGACUUGUGAUCAUCCGUCUGGUCUGGGGUGGCAGCUUUGACAUUGACACUCCCAAGAACGUCGAGGAGCAGCUUGUUCGACAGUGGACGCCUCAAAAGCUUACGCCGGUACUGUUGAGGGGCCUGGCCGCCAAAAUGGAAAGCAUGAAGACAAACGAAAGGAUUCGGUGGUCCGUAAGAAGAUCACCCGAAGGGUCACAGAAGAUGGAAAAAACCUGAUUACUGCUCUACGUGUCCCAUUUGACGAAGGUAUGAGAGGAAUGUACUCUUUCCAAUCCUCUGCUGCUGGGCCGUUGUUACGUGGACCUCCCUUGGCUUUCUCCUUUUCCAACUCGCAAGGGCUGGCACAGGUACAGUGUGACCAAUUUGUAUCGUAUGUAUUCUCAUUGAGUGACUCUCGGGGCAGAAUGCUCCAAGGUGAGCGGGUACGAGCAUUGUAUCCUCAAGACGUAUCCACCAUUUGGCCCCCGGAGAAGCCAGGUCAACAAAAACAAAAGAGGAGUACCUCUGCCAUGCAACUGGUGGGACAGAGCCAAUCAUUGACGUGCGAUCCCGUGGACGCGCACACUGUCUCCGUCCGCGUGUGUGUCUGUAGCCGCUACUACUCGGGCGAUCGCAGAGAGCAGCUGAUAUCGAACGAAGCUUUUGCUAGAGGCUUCGAGACAUACACGACGAUCCAGGGCGCUGACCUGACAUUUGAGGGGGCACCCGCUUUAGUUAACGCUCUGCAGACGGGAGAUGUCGAGAACGUGGACCGCAUACCCCCAUCGAUCGGCAAUCAGCGAUUCAUGUACAGCAAGCUGUAAUUACCAAUUCAUGCGUACAUCUGCCUAAUCUCUGCCUGGGCUGCAGGGUUUUCCUGGUGCUCACGUGGUCCCAGUUGACAUCCAUUCCCAAAGAAGUCUGCUUAUUGUCUAAUCUGGUUUACCUCGCCGUCGAUUGGUCCAACCUCGAUGGGACGACUUUUCCGGACUGUCUUUGGCUGAUGCCCCGGCUGGAGAAGGCCGACUUUUCUUACGGAAACAUAGCCGCGCUGCCCAGUUCCCUCGCUGGGUCAACUUCCUUCAAGCAUUUCAGUCUGAGAGGAAAUCCAGUACGGGAGACAUUGAACAGCUUGCCGAGAUACAUCCUCUCGUGCUUAUUCAAUGCAGAUAUGCCACAACGGAUGGAUGGACGCGGUGUCCGGUGCCGUAGCCGAAUUCUUCGACAGGCUCAUUUCACCGCCUUGCAGAAGCACAAGUUCUGUGGGCGAAGAGCUGACGGGGACAGAGUGCACUCCUGCAUGCCGAGUGGUCAUUGAUUGGUUUGAUGCCCUCGACCAAGACCAAAAUGGCAUACUGUGAGCGCCAGCAAUACAAGCCGCUUGUGUCUCAUCGUUGGGUCAAGCAAUCAUGUGUGUGCCCCUCAGGUGUUGGGACGAAGUCGGUUUGAUACUUCAGCGUGAGAUCACACUUGCACCGUUGGUAUCCAUCGUUAGAUUGUCUGCACACAUGUACGGUCUUUGUGUGCAGGGACUUCAUUGACAUAUAAACGCUUUUUGAAGCUGCUCAAGACACAUCAGCCUUGGACCGCGCCCUAUUAUGAGUGUGCGAAUUUCAACACGAUUGGAAUAUGGUAUGAUUGCACUGACGAUUUCCAUCUAUAUGUGAGUCCUAUCCGUCCGUAUCCUAUCAGGAUGACUGGCGGUGAGAGUAACUGUCAGCAGUGCCCCUAUGUCCUUCUGCCACUUCUCCCCGUGCCGCUGGGAUGA